CCCACCCCCGCGGCCGGCGCGGGCUGUGGUAGCGCCUUAGUGGUGCGGGCCUGCGUCCUGCCCAGGUGCCAGGGAGAGCUGCUCGGCGGCCCACGUUUCAGGAUCGACAAGGGAACUCCCACAUGGACGCCAUGCCCGAGGUGACGGCUGUAGAUGUGUCUCUCUUCAGCGUGACAGACAUAGUUCUGUUCUCACUCAUCGUGGGUCUCCUAAGCUACUGGUUCCUCUUUAGAAAGAAAAACGAAGACGUCCCCGAGUUCAGCAAAAUUCAGACAGUGACCGUUGCUGUCAAAGAGAGCAGCUUUGUGGAAAAGAUGAAGAAAACGGGGAAGAACAUCGUAGUGUUCUACGGCUCCCAGACGGGGACUGCUGAAGAGUUUGCCAACCGCUUGUCCAAGGACGCCCAUCGCUACGGAAUGCGGGGCAUGGCGGCAGACCCUGAGGAGUACGACUUGGCCGACCUGAGCAGCCUGCCAGAGAUUAACAACGCCCUGGUCGUGUUCUGCAUGGCCACCUACGGCGAGGGGGACCCCACUGACAAUGCCCAGGACUUCUAUGACUGGCUCCAGGAGACGGAUAUGGAUCUCUCUGGGGUCAAGUACGCGGUGUUCGGUCUCGGGAACAAGACCUACGAGCACUUCAAUGCGAUGGGCAAGUACGUGGACAAGCGGCUGGAGCAGCUCGGCGCCCAGCGCAUCUUCGAGCUCGGGAUGGGCGACGAUGAUGGGAACUUGGAAGAGGAUUUCAUCACCUGGCGGGAGCAGUUCUGGCCGGCCGUGUGCGAGCACUUUGGGGUAGAAGCCACCGGGGAGGAGUCCAGCAUUCGCCAGUACGAGCUCGUGGUCCACACAGACAUAGACACGGCCAAGGUGUACACGGGUGAGAUGGGCCGGCUGAAGAGCUACGAGAACCAGAAGCCGCCGUUUGAUGCCAAGAACCCAUUCUUGGCUGCAGUCACCACCAACCGGAAGCUGAACCAGGGAACUGAGCGACACCUCAUGCACCUAGAAUUAGACAUCUCGGAUUCCAAAAUCAGAUACGAGUCUGGGGACCAUGUGGCCGUUUACCCAGCCAAUGACUCUGCGCUCGUCAACCAGCUGGGUGAGAUCCUGGGUGUCGACCUAGAUGUCAUCAUGUCCCUGAACAAUCUCGACGAGGAGUCCAAUAAGAAGCACCCAUUCCCCUGCCCCACCUCCUACCGCACGGCCCUCACCUACUACCUGGACAUCACCAACCCACCCCGCACCAACGUGCUGUACGAGCUGGCCCAGUACGCCUCGGAGCCCUCCGAGCAGGAGCAGCUGCGCAAGAUGGCAUCCUCCUCGGGAGAGGGCAAGGAGCUGUACCUGAGCUGGGUGGUGGAGGCCCGGAGGCACAUCCUGGCCAUUCUGCAGGACUACCCGUCCCUGCGGCCCCCCAUUGACCACCUGUGUGAGCUGCUGCCUCGGCUCCAGGCCCGCUACUACUCCAUCGCCUCCUCCUCCAAGGUGCACCCCAACUCCGUGCACAUCUGUGCCGUGGCCGUGGAGUACGAAACCAAGUCUGGCCGCAUCAACAAGGGUGUGGCCACCAGCUGGCUGCGGGCCAAGGAUCCUGCUGGGGAGAAUGGCCGCCGCGCCCUAGUGCCCAUGUUCGUGCGCAAGUCCCAGUUCCGCCUGCCUUUCAAGGCCACCACGCCUGUCAUCAUGGUGGGCCCCGGCACAGGGGUGGCCCCCUUCAUAGGCUUCAUCCAGGAGCGGGCCUGGCUGCAGGAGCAGGGCAAGGAGGUGGGGGAGACGCUGCUCUACUACGGCUGCCGCCGGUCGGAUGAGGACUACCUGUAUCGCGAGGAGCUGGCGCAGUUCCACAAGGACAACGCCCUCACCCACCUCAACGUGGCCUUUUCCCGGGAGCAGCCCCACAAGGUCUACGUCCAGCACCUGCUGAAAAGGGACAAGGAGCACUUGUGGAAGCUCAUCCACGAGGGGGGCGCCCACAUCUAUGUCUGCGGGGACGCUCGCAACAUGGCCAGGGACGUGCAGAACACAUUCUACGACAUCGUGGCUGAGCUUGGGGCCAUGGAACACGCGCAGGCUGUGGACUACAUCAAGAAGCUGAUGACCAAGGGCCGCUACUCCCUGGAUGUAUGGAGCUAGGACUGCCCGGCCCCCCUGUCCCCAACCACCUGACAGAUUUGCUGCCCCGUAGUCACUUCCCCUUCCCUCUGCCAGUCUCCUGGGGGCUUCCGCUCGGCCUUGCCAUGGGAGGCAAUGCCACCCAGUGACAAAGACUCCUCUGGGCCUGGGGUGCACCCUCCUGAGCCCCCAAGGCCAGGCUAGGUCCGCUGGCUCCAGGCAGCCCUGCCCCACGCUUCCAGACGCCUCAGGCCCCGGCAGCUGCGCAGAGGGCUUUUCUCAGCUGAGCUGGGCCCGGCCCCUCCAUGUGAUUUUCAAUGAGUGUAAAUAAUUUUAAAUAACCUCUAAUCCUUGGAAUAAAGUUCUGUUUUCUGUA